GUUCUAAACAACACUUUCUUCUUCUCAGCUUCUGGGUGUCCCUUCAGGUCUUCUUCUCUAAUCUGUGUGAAGGGAAGGGUGUGAAAGACCUCUGAUUAGACACUAUGGCCUAUGGAGGAGAGGAAAACUAUGAAGGUAUGAGCACUGACCGCCUUACACUGGAGUUCCUGGAAGAACGUCAUAUGAGAGACUUGGUAAAGAUUUCAAUAGUUGAACUAAAACAACAGAUAGAGGAACUGGAAGGCAAGUUCAAUGAUGACAAUGACAGUGGUGAAUGGAAACACCGUUAUGAGAAUCAACUCGAGAUAAAUAAACAACUGCAAGAGCAAAUUACUGCUCUCAGAGAGAAAAUGGAAAAAAUCCAAGUAAAUCCUUCGGAUAGACUAUCUUCUAUUCGUGUCUAUGAGCGAAUGUCAGUGGAGUCCUUGCAAACCUUACUUAAACAGCUAGACAAAGAAAAAAGGAGUCUUGAAUGUCAAGUGAAAGCCUGUGCACUUAAACUGGAAAAAGAAGCAAAGGCUUACAAGAAAAUAGAUGAUGAACGCCGUGUAUACCUACAUGAAUUAUACCGGCUCUCUAGCCCAUACGCCUCUCCUCCUAAGAGGCAGCAGAUGGAUCGAAUGCAAAGAAUGAAAGAUAAUGUGAUGAAAACAGGAAAAUACAAUCCACCUAAUCAAAAGAUCUUAAAUGGGAAGAAAGAACCAGCAAAAAAGGUUACAAAGGCAAACCAACUUCCUAAACUUCAGCCAUGAUUCCAGAAAUGGCGGGAUUUCUGUUUUUUCCCCUUUUGUCUGUAAUAUUCAACUUGUGAAGUUAAUGUGCAACACAUUUUUCAGGGAAUGAAAUAGAUCAGAGUUAUUAAAAUUCUUUUGCUCUU